AUGAUGGUGUUGUUAUUGCUCGUAUUGUUAGGACAAGAGAUUGGUAAAGCUUCGUCGACUCUAUACAAAGUUGGGGACUUGGACUCAUGGGGUGUCCCAAUCGAUGCUAAAGUGUACUCCAAAUGGCCCAAAUCUCACUCUUUCAAGAUCGGUGACUCCCUCUUGUUCUUGUACCCACCAAGCGAGGAUUCGCUGAUUCAAGUGACUGCUUCCAAUUUCAAGAGCUGCAACACCAAAGAUCCAAUCUUGUACAUGAACGACGGAAACUCUCUCUUCAACCUCACCCAAAACGGAACCUUUUACUUCACCAGUGGAAGUCCCGGCAAUUGUCAGAAGUACCAGAAGCUCCUCGUCUCCGUCGGAACCUACGCCGCCGAAGCAGACGCAUUGUCUCCGUCGUCUGCCGCCGACGCCGACGCUCCCUCUUACCAGAACGUCUUCGGGUCGAUUCCUCUCUCUCAGAAAUCGUCUUCUUCGUCGAUUUCUGCUUUCGCCAUUGCCGUUGCUUGCGCUGUCGUCGGUGCUUUCAUGUGA